AACAUGUCAUACAGGGGCGGACUGACCAUUUGGAAACUCAGGCACUGCCUGAGGGUCCGGGGUCAGUAGGGGGCCCCAUGAGAUGCCCCUGGUACCUUUUUCAUAGGCUUUUUGAGUUUGGGCAAGGACACAGGGGCCCCAUGAUCCCCUAUUGCCCGGGGCCCCAUGAGUUGUCAGUCCACCCCUGUGUCAUACAACAGCCCCGAUCCUUUUCUUCUGGGGUCCCCAGCCGACACUCCAGGCUCCUCCUCCAGUGCUGAUUUCCAUUGGGGCACCUGCGCCGCCCUGCCU